CGCAAAUCUUGGUCCAGGUGCUCGCUGCAUGCAUCCGCCAGGCUCGGGCAAACGAAAGCUUCGCCACAUUUAGCCGUGAGCAACAAAAUCAAAUUCUUCAACACGUUUGGUUCGAAUGCUUCAUCCUGAGAGUUGCCAACUGGUCCAUCGAUAUAUCCUCCAUCGUGGAGAGCAGAUGUGCCGAUGAACAACUUCGAACCAUUGUGCGGCAAACAAAGGCACUUCAAGUGGACUUAAUCGAACUUUCUCUGCUGGAAACAAUGAUACUUUGUCGGAAAGAAUACGGCUUGAGUGCCAAAGAAGUUCAACAACUGGAAAGCACAUCCGAGACGGCACUGAUCGCCUUAGGCCACUACAGCAUGCAACAGAUGAGCAUCGUCGGUACUCCAGCUUCUCCAUCGCCAAUAUUGGGUUAUCCGACCGGCAGAGCAGUCGCCACCCUUCGACCGCUGUCCCCAUCCUCAUCGUUGGCGAGGCCCAGCAUCGGCAGUAGUGGGACCAGUUUCACUGCUGCGCUUUCAUCGUCGUCCUCAUCGUUGUUACCCUUUUCGUGCUACCGACUGGGUAGACUACUACUGGGGUUAAGAGGUUUAUCUAUGCACUGCUAUGAGUCUUCGGUACGUGCCAUGUUUCAUGAGGUCACCGGCGACGGUCUAAUGGAGCACUUUAUAAUCAAAUUAUAGGCGGAAUGUCGGGAUACACGUAUGUAGUGUCGUGCUCCGAAAUGAGCGUCAAAGCGUGGCGGGUUAGAAUUGUCACCUGAUGUGCCUUAAAUCUCGCAAGAAGGAAACGAUUAUCGAACCAAUUCAGUGUUGCUUUUUUACUGCGGUUUGAUGACAGAAAGACCAUUAUUAAUAAUAAUCCGUUCAUGAAGAACUAAACUUAUUAGGAGGACCGUGGAAUAUGAAACUUGCGCUAAUUGGUUCUCUUCGACGUUUUGUGAAACAGUAAGCUACCAUGCGCUUCCAUUAUAGUGCAGUCCUCCAAGACAUAGUCAUUUUCCACUUAUUUUUCUUGUCCGGGAAUUCGAAGCUAAGUUUGAUACAUAACCCAGGAGAUUCUGAUCCCGUGAAUAAUUUUAAC